AUGACUCCAUCAGAAGCACAAAAAGACUGCAUCAUGCAAUUGAAUGCUCUAGAUGAACUAAGAAAGAUGGUUUUCUCGCAUAUAAAAAUUACUCAACAUCAACAUGCUAAAUGGCAUGAUAAAUAUAUUGAGAGAAAAUUUAAAUCUGGAGAUUGGGCAUUGUUAUAUGAUUCUAGAUAUAAGGAUUCAAUGGGGAAGCUGCAGACACGUUGGUUGGGCGCAUAUGAGAUUGUUGAAGUUUUUGAAAAUAGAGCAGUUCGGUUGGCAACAAUAGACCUAGUUAGAUUCAAACUUUUGGUCAAUGGUCAUCGAAUACGUCUUUAUCAUAAGACUUCUACAAAACAAGACUUCCUGCAACAAUUUGACAACCAAGUGAAAACCACAGUUCCUGCCGCCUCUGCAGGGGGCCUUCUUGACCCAGAGUCUUAA